AUGAGAUUAUUUAGAAUUGCAAAGUAUUUUAUGUAUGAAAGACGUGAAAAUUAUCAUACAGCAAAUGAUAUUAUUAAAAAGAAAGAAAUUAUUGUAAACGAAGAUCUAUUUUAUAGAGAAGAUUAUAAUAUAGAUUUAAGAAUUAAAAGAGUUUUAACUAUUUUUAUAGAUAUGGUAAUUUUGACUCAUAUUUUUGCAUGUUUAUGGUUUUGGAGUGCUAGAAUUGAUGAAUUUAAUUAGGAAACUUGGAUUAUAAGAGAAAAUGCUUAUGAUUAUAAUAUAGGAAAAUAAUAUUUGACCUGUUUCUAUUGGGCAAUAUAAACAGUUACUGUUAUUGGAUAUGGAGAUAUUGCUGCUCAAACUUCUUUUGAGUUUUUUCUUUAAAUAUUCUGGAUGCUGAUUGGAGUUGGAUUCUAUUCAUUUACUAUUGGUGAUAUAACUUGCAUUUUAGUAAAUGUUAAUCCACGUUAAGAAUAUGAAGAUUAAUUAAUAUUAUUAGAGGAAUUGGGAGAUCAAACAUUCAUGAUUGAAGAAGUACUCAAAGAAUUAAUUUCAUUUACUAAAUUUAAUAUAUCUCAUAAUCCAUUUUGGGCACGUAAUACUAUUGAAAUGAUCUAAGCUUUACCUUGGAGUAUGAGAUAAUACCUUAUUGCAUCAACUCAUAAAGAUAUUUUUAAAAUUGUACCCUUUAUUGCAAAUGAUAUAAAUUUCUCUGCCAUGGUAUUACCUUAUUGUACUUUUGCUAAAUUUGAUGAAUAUUCUACAAUAUAUCAUAUAGGUUAAAGUUCAUCAGAUUUCUAUUAUCUAUUAAGUGGUGAUGUAAGAUUAUCUGAUGCUUCUGGUGAAUGUAUUUUAAGAGUAAUGGAAGGAACAGUCUUUGGAGAAGUAGAAUCAAUUGAAUAGACUUUAAGAAGAUGGCAUGCUCAUGCUGUUACAAAAAGUGUUGUAUUAAUGUGUCCAGGCAGAUUUUUUGAAUCUUUGAUCAAAUAAAACUCUACUCAAUUUUUUGAAUUAUAUUAGAUGUAUAAAAGAAGAAAAAUAUUAUUAUCUGAUUAUGCAGAAUAAAAAUAAAGUAAUAUUAAUAAAUGCAUAUUAAUUUAGGAUAAGCUGUUAGACUUAAAAGAUCUACAGCCAUUAUUGUAGAAGGUAAAGUUGUUCAAACUUAAUAAAUUAGAAGAUCAAGUGAAAAUAGAUAAUAAUUCAAAUCUAAAAUAGAUUUUAGAAAUUAUAUCAGUGUUUAAUAGGAUUUAAUGUUAUCAGUUGUUGGUUAAAAGUAAGCUAGGAAAAAACUACUUAGAGAGAAAUUUAGAUUAGUAUAUUUUAUUAAUAUAUAUAAAGGCUGUUGAUAGAAUUAAAUAAAUGUUACUAAGAUCUAAAAAAAGAAGAGUAGCAUUAGUUACUGAUCCAGAUUAUAAAAUUAUUAGAGAAUUGAUUGCUACUAGAAGUCAAUAGACAAUUUAAACUAAUAUGUUUGAAACUAAUAAUUAAUUAUAAAAGUUGAUGAAUAAAUUUGGUAAAGUAGUAGAAUAAGAAAAUUAAGUUUAAUAAUUUAUUAUUAAAAAAAAAUAAGAAUCUUAUGAAAAAAUAAAGAGAAUUAAACUUAAAAAUCUACUAGCAGAUUGGAAUCAUAAUACACAUCGUAAAUCAAUAAGAAGGGAAAUUGAUCUAUAUUAUUCAUCCUUUCAUGAACAAAUUUUUCAAGAAAUUUUGUAAACUAGAAUUGAUCAAAAAUAAAAAAUUAAAUAUAAAUAAGAUAAUAUUAGAAAAAAUUCAGUCUAAUAACUUAAAUUAUUAAAUUUAAAUGUUAAUUACAUUAUAUAAUUAGCAAUGAAAUUUUCAAUUCAAAAAUUUGAAAUUAUGAAAUUAGAAAGAGAAAUUGAUUUAAUUAUUGAUGAAUGCCAAUCUAUAGUCUAAUAAAUUAUAUGA